AUGGCACUACCUCCGCCUAUGUGCUUCCAAAUGAGUAAGCUAUUUCCUUUCUUGAUGAAUACUGAAACUAAUGAAGAUUAUGGUGCCAUUGAGCAAGAGAGACUGGACGCCCAAGCAGCAGCCAUUGUUGAAAUGAUUGGGGGCGUCCCCUUCCUUGCCCCUAGCCAGAGAGCCAUGGCAGUGUCAAGAGCAGUUGACGUCGGCUGUGGUACGGGUGUCGCAACAAUGCAACUUGCUGCGAUGUUUCCACACGCCAAAGUCUACGGCCUCGACAUUUCGCCCGUGCCAAAAACAGCACGAGAGAUGGCACCAGAAAAUACCGUCUGGAUGGUGGGCAAUGUACUAGACAUGGAGCGUGAUGACGGCGCAAAUGAUCCAGCCAGCCGCGAUAUUUUCACAGCUGGCGGGCUCGACUACAUAUUUGGCCGAAUGCUCUUCUUGGGGAUCAAUGACUGGGCGCGAUAUUUUUCUAUUGCAUCUCAUUCGCUAGCGCCUGGUGGGAUCAUAGAGCAUCAGGACUUGGACUGGGAAUUCUACCGCGCUGGUUCGUCUGAGUGUCUGAGCGACAAGUGGGAGUGGCACAAAACUGUUAUUGCGGCGGCGGCACAAUCAGGUCUGGCGGUGCAUUCCGGGUCUGGCGCCGCGGCGCUGAUGAAAGCAGCAGGAUUGGAGGUGAUUGAUGUCCAAACAUUUGAAUUUUCAUUUGUUCCCUCCAGCAAAACGCCUAACAGCCAGGCAAUGGGGAGAUACGUACAGAAGAAGCUCGUGCCGAACUACCCAGAGCUACUCCGCAAGAUGUUGGGAUCCAGUGGCAUUGGAUGGGAGGAGCUUGAAAGGAUGACUGCACAAUGCCUGCUCGAUAUUGGGUCUGAGGAGGGAUUGCACCAGAAAUAUGUAGUGACUCUUGCGCGGAAGCCGUAG